GGUUGACACCUUCGUCGGACUUUCCGCAUUGGACCCGCAAGAAGUGGAGCUCCGAUGCCAUGUCUUCGCUGGUGUCCUUGUCGGGUGAUGGCCAGCGCGCCCUGAAGCCCGAGGAGCUCUUCGAGGAUGCCAUCGCGCAGGCGCUGCGCGGUCAGAAGACGAGCGAACAGAGCAGGAAGGAGUUCGUGGACAAGCUGAAGGACAGGGUGUCGGAGGCCAUGAAGGACAACAACCCCAGCUUUGUGCGGCAGGUGCUCGACUGCCUCCGUGUGAACUGCUUCAAAGACAUGGAGGACAGCAACAACUCGGUGUACACCUGGAACGCGCGGAAGAGUGGGCUCAUGGCCAUUGGCGCUGUGGCCAUCGGUCUUGGCUCAAAAGUGGGGGACUUCUUGAAAGACAUCAUGGGCCUUCUGCUAGGCCCAGAUUCGAAGCAUCUUGGCCCCUUCCUCGCGGAGGCCUCCAGUGACACUGAGAGCCAUCGUGUCCGGUACCUCUCCUGCGAGGCCCUCUUCAACGUGGCGAAGAUCGCCCAGGAGGAGCUGCUGCCAUACCUGGCGCGCAUCUUCGACGGCCUCUCCCGGCUCUAUGCGGACGUGGUGGCGGACGUGCGCCACGCCGCGCAGGUCCUGGACCGGCUGCUGCGGGAGAUCGUCACCUCCCACCCGGAGAAGUUCGAGGUGGAUACCUUCGCGGAGGAGGUGUGCACCAGGAUGAAAUACAAGAACCCCAUGAUCCGCCAGCUCUGCCUGGGCUGGACCAACCUCAUCCUGCAGAUCGCCCAAGUGGAUUUGGUCGGAAGCAAUCCGAAAAUCAUCCAGGGCCUCUUCGAACACUUGGCUGACGACCACAGCCGGGACAGCCUCCAGAAUGCUCAAAACCUCCUGGAGCAGUGUAUCGAAAAGGUGAAAGCCAGCCCUCUGGCCACAAAGCGGCUGAUUGUCUUCAACACAGCGGCAGACCUCGCCAAGAACUGCCGGAAGGAGGACAGCAAGAUCCGCUUUCAAUCCAUGUGGUGGCUCCUGGAGUACGUGCACUUCACCCCGGGCUACGGGCCAACUACUUCCGUCAAGGACGAGGAGGUGAAGUUGUGGUGGCAGAAGUGGGCGGAGGCACUGCCGCAGCUCAUCGACGGGGUUUGCUGCUGUAUCGGCUGCGAGGAUGGCAAGGACAAAGCGACGGUGUCGAGCAUGGCAGUGGAUCUCAACGGCGCCCUACUGGAGCUUGCCAAUCUGCUGCACGAGUACCUGCGGGUGGACGAGCUGGUGGAGACGUUGAAGCAGCGCUUGGGGAAGCUGCGGGACGGCGAGGCCGCCAUGGUGGUGCACAUCGCCUGCCUACAGUGGAUUUGUCUCCUGCUGGUGCAUCGCCCACAGCAGAUGCUGCAGAGGAAAAUCGUCAAAGAGCUCUUCAUGCCGAUCUUCGAGUCCCUGAACCAUGCCAACGACGAGGUGGUGAUCGCCUCCCUGCGCGUCUUGGCGCAGCUCAUGGAGACCACGCCCUCCGACCAGCUGGGCAUCGAGGACUUGCUCGCCAAGGAGAGCGUGAGGCGAGCGGAUGGUGCCAAGGAGGAGCCGCAGAAGUCGCUGUUCACCUUCAUUGUUGAUAGGCUGCUCGAAGAGUUGGAGAAGCAACGGGACAUGUUGGAGACGCGGGGCCGGCUGAUGAUCCAUCAGCUUUGCGGGCAUCUGGACCCCAGGAGGCUCUUUGUCACCGUCGCCCGCGCCAUUCCGGCCCAGGAGAAGAACUUUGCGCAGAAGCUGGUCCAGACAUUUAACUGGAUCCUCCUGACUUCUGCGGAAACUCGCAGUCUGCGGGAGGAACUGCUGCAGGAGUCCGAGAGGCAUCCGCAGCUGGGACACGAGGGGGAGAAGCCGCUCUUCCUGGAGCUACUGGAGCCCUGGUUUCACAACCCGGCGAGCGCCCUUGCGCUGUGCCUCUGGUCCCAGCAGUACGAGCUGGCCAGCGAGCUCACGGGGCGCUGCGCCGCCUUUGAGCCCACCUUAGACUUCCUGCAGCAGCUGGACCAGCUGGUGCAGCUCAUAGAGUCACCCAUCUUCUCCAGGCUGAGGCUGCAGCUGCUGGAGCCAAAGAAGCACCCCAUGCUGCUGAAGUGCCUCCUAGGUGGGUUGAAAAUAGAAGAUGCUGUCCGAGAGGCCUGGCAAUGCUUUUGCCGCAGGCGGGCGCCUUCCAAGCCUUGCGGGAGCGGAUGCAUCUGGUGCAGAGCAGCCUGCUGCUGGAGGUCCGGUUCGACAGCGAGGCGCCUGCCACGGCCACCAAAAGUGACUGGCUGUCCUUCUCCUCGAAGGAGGGAAAGGAGGGGAAGGAGAAGAAGGAGAAGCAGGUGGACCUUGCAGGCCUUCUGCGCUCCUUCGACAAGAUAACGCAGCAGCGCAACGACGCGCGGUGUGGCCCGUCGCCUUGAAUGC